CUCAUGCUGAUGGGAGUAGGAGUCAAGGGCGAAUGAAAAGACGUGAAAAGUCACAGCAGGAAACAGUCAACAUACUUCUGAGUAAAACAUUAAACUGCCCUCACUACUUGCAAGGAAUCAUACAGCACUGCUUAUCAGAAGUCCUUACUCUGCUAUAGAACAACACGCAUUUCACAAAGGUGAGCACAGUGCUAAUUCGGACAUCCCCGAACCCCGCGUAGUCAACCAUGCGUUUGUACAGGCUGCCAGGCUACAUUUCUUGGUCUCUUUACCAUGCACUGCCACCAAUGAUCUACUACUUCCCUCUUCAGACGCUGGCACUCACAGGCAUAGAAGUUUUUGCUGUUGCCUUCUUUUCCCCGAUAUUCUUGACAAUUGGCCCUUUUUGGAGGUUGGCUAACAAUGAGUAUGUCCUAGCCUUUCUGAGACUGACUAUGGUUGGAAGCUUAGCAUCAUACCACGCACCAAAUGCUUCAAUUAGACUGCUCAUCUUGGCUGCUGGUGUUUCUUCUUCAUUGCUGGUUCAAACAGUAACAUGGUGGUCAGGAAACAGUUUACAAAGGUUCAUCAGGAUAUGGGGCUUCAUGCUAGGCAAGAUAAUGCUCCUUGUUCUUCGUAUCUGGUACACAUCCCUUAAUCCAGUCUGGAGCUCACAAGUUGCCAAUACUAUCAUAUUGACAAUUGGUUUCAUAGCAGCAGUGGAGCAAAUCCAUUCAGGUGGAGACAAGAGGAAACAAGAAACUAACAAAACUGGUAAUGUGAUUAGAGAGACUGCUUCCCACUCUCAUUGGUUUUUAUCAGGGAUUGCUUUUGGCAGCCUCAUGUUCCUCACUCUGUGGAUAUUUGGGGAGGUUUCCCUAAUUUCCAGAUGGGCAGUAAGUGGACAUCCACAUACAGGUCCAGAUCCUAAUCCAUAUGGAGGUACAGUUCUGUUGGGCCUUGCUCAGGGACUGAUGCUUUCAUUUUGGAGCUGGUCUUCUAUCAUCAGUUUUGCCUUGUUUCUUAUAGGUUUGGCAUCUUCAGCUGGUCUGCUUUACUUACACACCUGGAGUGCUGCUGUUGCAGGCAACAUUCUUGGGGUCUUUACCAUGUGUGUGUGGCCUCAGCUAGCAGGACGCUUUGUUAGCUGUCCCCAUCCUGGGAAAGCCAUGAGCACAGCCAUGUUUGCCUACGUUCUUGAAUUGUUCUUCUGUGUGUGGUGUACAGCUUAUAAAUUUGUACCCGGAGGAGUUUACAUUAGAGAAAGCUCCCAUCUUCUUCUAGGUUUUAUAAUGUUAUGUAUUGGGAUAGAAUUUCUAACAGGACCCAAGAAAGACCUUAGCUCUGUCUUUGAAGUGAAAAGCAACCAAAAACCAUUCUUCAAAAGGAGUAAAAACUAUAUUAAACUAUAUCAAAUUGCCUGCCAUUUGUGUACAUUUUGCUGCAUUUGGAAAAAGAAGACAAUAGUGCUUCACAGUUUUUCAGAGCUAUUUCUGGAAUCUUUAUGGAGAUCUUUACCCUGUAUGCUCAGGAGCCAAAAGAAUGUGGCCUGUGAGAGUUUGUGUGUCAGAGACAUGAGCACCAUUUCAAGUGGUUUGAAUAUUACCCUAUUGUGGCUGCUUGUUGGUGUUGGCUUACUUGGAUUGGGUUUACGUUAUAAAACUUACCAGAAGAAGUUGGGCCAAGGGGUUCCAAGAAGAGAUUUCUCUGCUAUGAUCUGGCCUUUUAGAUUUGGAUAUGACAAUGAAGGAUGGUCUAAUUUGGAAGGAUCAGCUAAUUUGCUUAAUCAGACAGGAGCAGAUUUUAUCACUAUUAUAGAGAGUGAUGCCUCUAAACCAUUCAUUGGAAACCAUGAUCCAACCAUGUGGCUAGGAGAAAGACUGGGAUUUUACACAGAUUUUGGUCCAAGCACAAGAGAUCACACCUGGGGGAUUAUGGCACUGUCCAGGUAUCCAAUUGUAAAAUCGACCCAUCACCUCCUUCCAUCUCCAGAGGGAGAGAUUGCACCUGCCAUCUCCCUGACUGUCAACUUCACAGGGAAGCUGGUUGAUUUUGUUGUUGCUCACUUUGGAAAUGAAGAAGAGGACUUGGACAGAAAACUCCAAGCAAUAGCUGUUUCAAACCUGUUGAAGACUAGCUCUAAACAAGUUGUGUUUCUAGGAUACAUCACUUCAGCACCUGGAUCCAGAGACUAUACUGAAUUAAUAAAAAAUGGAAAUGUGCAGGAUAUUGACAGUACAGACCGGGACAGAUGGUGUAGCUACAUUAUGUAUCGUGGAGUCAUAAGGCUGGGUUAUGCUCGCAUAUCUCAUGCUGGUUUAAGUGAUUCAGAAGUCCAGAUGGCCAAAUUUAGAAUCCCAGAUCACGUGGAUAGCUAUGUUGACAAUGACAGAAUUGUCACUGAUCCCAGCCAAGUUCCUGAGGACAUCCAUUUCAAUCCCAGGUUUGGAUCUUAUAAAGAUGGACAUAAUUAUGUGCCUAUUCAUCACUUUCAUAUGAGCACACCUAAAUAUUUUAAACGGACAAAUUAAAGGAAGAAAAUAGGAUUAUUAUUCAGACCAACAAGAAAGGUUUGUUGCUUGAAACUGAAUUGACAGCCAAAAAGACUACACUCUUUAAGGCUGAGCAACUCCCAUGCUGCACAACACUGUGAAUGUCUCUAUGUGAUAGCUGGAGACUUCCUUCUUGAAUGAGCUGCCAUCACUGUGAGGGGGGGAAGAUGCACGCAUUUUGAUAAACUGGUUGGCCAGAUACCUGCUUUGUAUGCCACAGAGCAAGGGUGGGAACCUGCUUUGGCAACAACUUCUUCAGCUUUUGUGAAGGUAUCAUGUAUCAUGACGUUUCAGAGUGCUAUUGCUGCUACUGCAAUAAAAAGAUUGACCUAGGGCUUUUCAAAA